UUUGAGAGGCGGAGCUCGCUGGAGCCCAAAGCGUCCGACCGGGACUCGCUCGCUCCUCGGCGGUACAUUGUGUGUGGACGGAGCGGUAGCGCGCUGUUGUCUCUGGGCUCCUUCUUGCAACUUUGCGCCGUAUUUCUCCCGAUCCUCCCCGAUCCUCCAGCGCUUUGACCCCCUGCUCAGAGAUCUGCGAGCCUGCGGAAAACAUGUCGGCCUCGGCGGCGAAAGCGAGUAAAAAAGAGGCGAACUCCAACCACGACGGCGCGGGAGACGAGACCUCCGAAAAAGAGCAACAAGAGGCCAUUGAACACAUUGAUGAAGUUCAGAAUGAAAUUGACAGGUUGAUUGAAAGUGCCAGUGAGGAGAUCCUUAAAGUAGAACAGAAAUACAACAAACUCCGUCAGCCGUUCUUUCAGAAGAGGUCAGAACUGAUCGGCAAAAUCCCAAACUUCUGGGUCACCACAUUCGUCAAUCAUCCACAAGUAUCCGCUCUUCUCGGCGAGGAGGACGAGGAGGCGCUGCAUUACCUGAGCCGGGUCGAGGUCACAGAGUUUGAGGACAUCAAGUCGGGCUACAGAAUAGAAUUUUAUUUUGACGAAAAUCCAUACUUCGAAAACAAAGUCCUUUCCAAAGAGUUUCAUCUGAACGAGAGCGGAGACCCCUCUUCAAAAUCCACAGAAAUCAAAUGGAGAUCAGGGAAGGACUUGACCAAGCGCGUCAGUCAGUCACAGAACAAAGGCGGGAGGAAGAGGCAACACGAGGAGCCUGAGAGCUUCUUCACCUGGUUCACCGACCACGCCGACGCCGGAGCGGACGAGCUCGGCGAGGUCAUCAAGGACGACAUCUGGCCCAACCCCCUGCAGUACUACCUGGUCCCGGAUAUGGACGACGAGGAGGGAGAGGGGGAGGAGGAAGAUGAGGACGAAGAGGGUCUGGAAGACAUCGACGAAGAAGGAGACGAGGACGGAGAGGAGGAUGACGAGGAUGAAGGAGAGGACGGAGAGGAGGACGAAGGAGAGGACGACUAAACCCCAACAGAACCUCAAUGUGUAUUUCUUGUUUGGUUUUUCCACUCAUUGUCGGGAGCAAAUAUUUUAAUUUUAUUUUGUUCAUUGUUCAUUUUUCUUUCUUUUUUUUUUUUACUUUUUUUUUCUUCUUUUUUUACCCGUUUCGUGCGCUUCGUUCUACAUUGAGAAGCUUUCACCACCUUCGCCUGUAGUUGGUGCCAUGUUUAUUUUUCAUCUUUAUAUAAAAAGGUCAUUGGCACUUUGCCCUGAAUUGUGAGACCAUCUACCUAAAAUAAAUGAAGUAAAAAGUAAAAAAAAAAUUGAUAAAGGAAAAAAAAAAAUACAAAAACAGCACGACAUCUUGAACUUUGGAAAGACAAACAGAACCUUGUCUGUGAGAGUAAUAGGCUUUUACAGUAGCCCAGUAUUUUGUAGAAGUAACAGGAGCAGUGACGUUCUGACGGAACAAUUAACAGAAGCCUCGAGAGUCUAGAAACUUCCAAAACUCCGACCAAUGCAACUCUGAUCCAUAUCAAGGACUGAACUAGGUCCAAGCCAGGACUAAAGUGGUUGUGAAACGUAUUCGGACCGGGACUAAACUAGGACUAAACUGGGAGUGAACCAGGACCAAACUGGGUCCAAACCAGGAAUGAACUAAGGCUAAACUGGGGCUGAACUAGGACUGAACCAGGACUUUAACCAGGACAUUAACCGGGACUAAACCAGGAAUAAAUCGGGUCUGAACCAGGGCUAAAUUGGGUCCAAACCAGGACUGAACUGGGUCCGAACCAGGACUUAAACUGGGACUAAACCUAGUCUGAACCGGGACUUGAACCACGACUGAACGAAAACUAAACUGGGUCUGAACCAGGACUGAAGCCCUUUCAGUGGAAGUGUGUUCCUUUUCAUUAAGAGCCAGGACUAAAACGGGUCUAAACCAGGUCUGAACUCCUCAUAAAAAACUGGCCUAAACUGGGUUUGAACCAGGUCUAAAGCAGGUAUUCAUCAGAUUUAAACUAGAUCUAUACCAGGUUUAUAGAAGGUGUGAACCAGGACUAAAACGGGUCUACUCUAGGCUCAAUUCAUUUAGUGUAAUUUAUUUUAGCAUCUGAUGCUUUUCAUUUUUGUCAUGUACCAAGUUACCUCAUUAUAGAAAUAGCAGUAAUCGCAGUAGCAAUAGUAGAAUGACUUUGCACUCAAGCUCCUUCAAAAACAUGGGAACCGUCUCGAUCUGGACUUGACGUGGCGUUGGCUUGUGUUCAUUGCUCCUGUCUGUUCCACCUAACGGGCGGCGCAUCGACCAAAACCGACCAUCAGAACCGAGAAAACACAAAAUACUGGGCUAACCUUUUUAAAAUGGGACUGAAUGAAAAAUGAGCCAUGUUACCACCAAGCACUGUUUAGUUCACUUUAAAUUUCACUCUAAAUUACCUCUCAGAUCAGUUCUUUCACAGAAUUAUCCAUGUACUUUCUUAUUUGCAGCAAUCUGGAUUUUAUUUCUACACCUCACUGGUUACCUCAGUGUCAUUUCGAUGCGUAAACUUGCUACGAAGCUUCCCCACAUUUGCCAAUUUUCAUAAACAUUUUAAAAACUAAGGUGAAUUAGUUAACGAAAACAGAAAUCACUGUAAAUACUGUGAACACACUUAUGUUGGAAGGAAGCAACUAGACACCUCAACUUUGUGCUAUUGGGCAUGGACUGUUUCACACCGUUUUCCAUUUUCGAGGAAUUAUUUUAAAAAUGUAGAAAAAAAACUCAAAUCUCACGGCACAAUAUUCUAAUCUGUAUUAACAUCUAUAUAAUGUUAAUUUGAGUCAGAAAUGGCUGUUUGGUGGUAACAUUGCUUAUAAAUAUAUAUAUUACUGUAAUUUUUUGCCCAUUCGUUCCCGUUUUAAAAUCCCUAUUAUGCGUCGACUCAAGCCAUGGUGUUGUAAACUUUUAGCACUAGCAGCAGACCUCAAUAUUCACUUCAUCCCUGUUUCUUUUUAGGGGCAUUGAUCCCGGAAGAGCUGUUUUUUCCCCUUUUUGUGGCUAUAGCAAAACGACAGAUGCUCAUUCCUUUUUGACGUGACGUUCAGGUUCAGGGCGGGGGACAGUUGUUAUAUGGGGGAAAAGACUGGUUAUUUUGACAUCAUUUCUAUUGGACUUUUUUUUUUUUUUCAUUGUAUUGUUUUACAGAUAUCCAUGAGAUUUGAAAUGACAUUUUUAAUAAACAAAAUGGAAAAAAUAAA